AUGUAUUUGUCAAGAUUCCUCUCACUUCACGCCCUCUGGGUUACUGUGUCCUCCAUGAUGCAGCACUACCCUUCUGUGUGGGGACACUAUGACGUGUGUAAGACUCAGAUUUACACGGAAGAAGGAAAAGUGUGGGAUUACAUGGCCUGCCAGCCGGAAGCCAGAGACAUGAUCAAAUAUGUAAAAGUGACUCUGGAUCCCCCAGACAUAACAUGUGGAGAUCCUCCCGAGACUUUCUGUGCAAUGGGGAAUCCCUACAUGUGCAAUAAUGAAUGUGAUGCGAGUACCCAAGAGCUGGCUCAUCCUCCGGAACUGAUGUUUGAUCUCGAAGGAAGACAUCCCUCCACAUUUUGGCAGUCCACGACUUGGAAGGAUUAUCCAAAGCCUCUUCAUGUCAAUAUUACACUCUCCUGGAACAAAACCAUUGAGCUGACAGAUAACAUAGUUAUCACUUUUGAAUCUGGCCGUCCAGACCAAAUGAUCCUAGAGAAAUCACUUGACUAUGGACGAACAUGGCAGCCCUACCAAUACUAUGCCACGGACUGCUUAGAUGCUUUCCACAUGGAUCCGAAAUCAGUGAGGGAUUUAUCGCAGAACACAGUCCUAGAAAUCAUUUGCACAGAGGAAUACUCUACUGGGUACAUGACAAAUAGUAAAAUAAUCCACUUUGAAAUCAAAGAUAGAUUUGCUUUUUUUGCUGGACCUCGGCUUCAUAACAUGGCUUCUCUUUAUGGACAGCUUGACACAACCAAGAAGUUAAGAGAUUUCUUUACCAUCACGGAUCUGAGAAUAAGACUGCUUAGGCCAGCAACUGGAGAAAUAUAUGUAGAUGAGCAACACCUGGCACGCUACUUUUAUGCAAUUUCAGACAUAAAGGUAUACGGAAGGUGUAAGUGCAACCUUCAUGCUACUGGCUGUAAAGAAGAAAACAAAAGACUACUUUGUGAAUGUGAGCAUAACACAACUGGCCCAGACUGUGGAAAAUGCAAGAAGAAUUACCAGGGCCGACCGUGGAGCCCUGGUUCUUAUCUGCCUAUACCUAAGGGCACUGCUAAUAUCUGUAUACCCAGUAUUUCCAGUAUCGGUAAUCCUCCAAAGUUUGAUAGGAUAUGGCCGAAUAUUUCUUCCCUUGAGGUUUCUAAACCAAACCAAGUUGCUCCCAAAUUAGCUAUGUCAACUGUUUCUUCUGUUCAAGUUGCAAACCACAAGAGAGACUGUGAAUGCUUCGGGCACUCCAACCGGUGCAGUUACAUCGAGCUGCUCAAUACGGUCAUUUGCGUGAGCUGUAAGCACAACACUAGAGGUCAGCACUGUGAGUUAUGCAGGCUGGGCUUCUUCAGAAAUGCUUCUGCAGAGCUGGACGAUGAAAAUGUGUGCAUAGACUGUUAUUGUAACCCUUUUGGUUCAGUCCAUGAUCGCUGUAAUGACAGAGGAUUUUGUGAGUGUAAGGAGGGAACAUCAGGGCCUAAAUGUGAUAAAUGUCUGCCGGGAUAUAUCUGGCACAGCUUGGGCUGUCAACCAAAUGUAUGUGACAAUGAACUCCUGCAUUGCCAGAACGGAGGAACAUGCAUCAACAAUGUGCGAUGCCAGUGCCCUCCGGCUUACACUGGCAUUUUAUGCGAGAAGUUGAAGUGUGAAAGGGAUCCAGGAGGCUGCGGCCAAAACUCGGGCCAGGGGGCAAUAUCACACCGGCCUCUGUUGCUGCUGACUGCUCUACUAGGAGCAGCUGGACUUUGCAUAUGUUAG